UCCGAGGGUGGAGCCGGGCCCGCCCCGCCUCGCACACUUCCCGCUGCACAGGUGGAGCUGGACAGAGCCUGGAAACCAGGUCGGAGGAGCAGCACCUUUGUAAAACGUCCUCCCGCCUUGCUCCUCGUCGCCAGCCCCAGGAAGCCCGAGCGCGGGAGCCGCCAGCAUGGGAAUGUCCAAGUCAACGAGUUGCUUCGGGUACCCGCUCAGCAUCUUCUUCAUCGUGGUCAAUGAGUUCUGUGAGAGGUUUUCCUACUAUGGCAUGAGAGCCAUCCUGAUUCUGUACUUCACCAACUUCAUCGGCUGGGAUGACAACCUGUCCACCGCCAUCUACCACACGUUCGUCGCUCUGUGCUACCUGACGCCCAUUCUCGGAGCGCUCAUCGCCGACUCCUGGCUGGGCAAGUUCAAGACCAUCGUGUCGCUGUCCAUCAUCUACACGAUUGGACAAGUGGUCAUUUCCAUAAGCUCCAUUAACGACCUCACAGACCACAACCACGAUGGGACCCCCGACAGCAUCCCUACACACGUGGCGCUGUCGGUGAUCGGCCUGGCCCUGAUCGCUCUGGGCACGGGAGGAAUCAAGCCCUGCGUGUCCGCAUUUGGUGGAGAUCAGUUUGAAGAGGGCCAGGAAAAACAAAGAAACAGAUUUUUUUCCAUCUUUUAUUUGGCCAUUAAUGCUGGAAGUUUGAUUUCUACCAUCAUCACUCCCAUGCUCAGAGUUCAACAAUGUGGAAUUCACAGUAUACAAGCUUGUUACCCACUGGCAUUUGGGGUUCCUGCUGCCCUCAUGGCUGUAUCCCUGAUUGUAUUUAUCAUUGGCAGUGGAAUGUACAAGAAGUUCCAGCCACAGGGUAACAUCAUGGCUAAAGUGGUCAAGUGCAUUGGUUUCGCCAUCAAAAAUCGAUUUAGACAUCGGAGCAAGACAUUUCCCAAGAGGGAGCACUGGCUGGACUGGGCUAAAGAGAAGUAUGACGAGCGGCUCAUCUCUCAGAUCAAGAUGGUUACGAGGGUGAUGUUCCUGUACAUUCCUCUCCCAAUGUUCUGGGCCUUGUUUGACCAGCAGGGCUCCCGAUGGACACUGCAGGCAACAACCAUGAGCGGGAAAAUCGGAUCUAUAGAAAUUCAGCCGGAUCAGAUGCAGACCGUGAAUGCCAUCUUGAUUGUUAUCAUGGUCCCCAUCUUCGAUGCCGUGUUGUAUCCUCUGAUUGCAAAAUGUGGUUUGAAUUUCACCUCCUUAAGGAGGAUGACAGUUGGAAUGUUCCUGGCUUCCAUGGCCUUUGUGGCGGCUGCAAUUGUGCAGGUGGAAAUCGACAAAACUCUUCCAGUCUUUCCCAACGGGAACGAAGUCCAAAUUAAAGUGUUGAAUGUAGGAAAUGAUAACAUGACAAUAUCUCUUCCUGAAAAGAUGGUGACACUUGGCCCAAUGUCUCAAACAGAUGACUUUAUGACUUUUGAUGCAGACAAACUGGCAAGUAUAAACAUUUCUUCUGCUGGCUCACCAGUCACUGCCGUAACUCAGGACUUUAAGCAGGGCCAUCGCAGCACCCUCCUCGUCUGGGCCCCCAAUCACUACCGCGUGAUAACUGAUGGCCUUAACAAGAAGCCAGAAAAAGGAGAAAAUGGGAUCAGAUUUAUAAAUACCUUUAAUGACUCCAUCAACAUCACAAUGAGUGGGAAGGUGUAUGAAGAUGUCACCAGUUACAACGCCAGCGAGUAUCAGUUUUUUCCUUCUGGCAUAAAAGACUUCACGAUAAACUCGCCAGAGAUUUCACCGCAGUGUCCAAGUGUUUUCACAUCUUUCUACCUUGAAUUUGGCAGUGCGUACACCUUUGUGAUCAAUAGGAAGGAUGAUGGCUGCCCCGAGGUGAAGGAGUUUGAAGACAUUGCCCCCAACACAGUGAACAUGGCUCUGCAAAUCCCACAGUAUUUCCUCAUCACCUGUGGCGAGGUGGUCUUCUCCGUCACGGGAUUGGAGUUCUCGUAUUCUCAGGCUCCUUCCAACAUGAAGUCGGUGCUGCAGGCAGGAUGGCUGCUGACGGUGGCUGUUGGCAACAUCAUUGUGCUCAUCGUGGCAGGGGCAGGCCAGUUCCCCAAACAGUGGGCUGAAUACAUUCUAUUUGCUGCGUUGCUUCUGGUCGUCUGUGUAAUAUUUGCCAUCAUGGCCCGAUUCUAUACUUACAUCAACCCAGCAGAGAUUGAAGCUCAGUUUGAUGAGGAUGAAAAGAAAAAGAGCCUGGAAAAGAGUAACCCGUAUAUGACGUCGGGGCCCAUGUCACAGACGCAGAUGUGAAGGCCAGGAAGCAAGUGGGGGAGGACUGGGCCCAGCACGUGCCCUGACCUCUGUCCCCAGGUGGCAGGACAGACACCCCACGGACGGCCCCAGGUGGGGAAGACUUCAGAAUUGGCAGAAGCCAAACCGUGAAAGCGAUGAAGCCAGCAAUGAAUCUAAAACUCUGCAAGAAGUCUCUUUUUUAAAAAUAUUAUUUAAAGCACACACACACAUAAACACACUUUCACAACCCUGAGAACAUACCCUGCAUUUGUCUCCUUUCCUAUCACACAGAGGAAGUUGUUUUGGACUAACUUAAUUUUGCAACUAAGUUCCAUAUUGUUUGCAUUUUAACACAUUUCUGAAAACUCUGAUAAAUGAAGCAGGAACCAAUGCCAAAAGUGAAUCUAUAGGUUUUAGAAUGGUCUGUAAUAAGUACCAGCUAGUAUUAUGUGGCAACUUUAACUUGGGUUUUUUUGUUUGGUUUGUUUUGUUGUUCCAGUCCCUACCUCUUUUUAAAUUAUGUAUAACUUAAAAGACCACUUUCGUAAAGACCAGUACUGAUUUUUGAAUUGUCA